AUGUUGAUCAAAUUAGCUUUGCCUAAUAUCUUUAACAAUUUCGUCUGGAGCACACGACAAGAUCAAGAGAAUAGUACAAUUGAUGACAUCAUAGGACUGAAAGUUGAGGAUGAUAUUGAUCAAGGACAACAACUAACACUAGAAAAAAUCACUGCGUCUGGUAUUGUUCCAGGAGAUUUUCAUUAUCGUUCAAAUCCAUAUGCAUUUACAAAUCAUGAAACAUUUCUUGCUUAUGUAUCGAAUAUCGAUAGGAACAAUUAUACUAUUUAUAUGCAACCCGAAUGUCAUAUGCAAAACAUGCAGGAAUUGACUGAAGACCUUGAUUUUUAUUAUUCUAAUCCAAUAUCAGACAAUUUACUAGUAAAAAAGAUUACAAUUGAUUUAGCAUAUCUUGGAAUAACAGAAGAGGUUCAAAUGGUCGAAGGUCAAUUCAAAUUUUUACUUAAAUAUUUUGCUAGAUUACCUUGUUUGGCUAUUCCUUGUCGUCUAAUUGAUAGUGAUUUCAAACUCGUCAGUUAUCAAAUGCCUCCUGAAACAUACAAACAAUUGAAUAAUUUAUGUCAAACAGGUCCUUUUUCUGUUGAAUCACAUGGCCAAUUUUCUUCCUCUUUGGGAGUCAAAUCGACAAUACCACCGACCAUUGUUACUAAAAAUCAUGAAGAUCAACGUAAGAUCCAACAGUCUCCAUGUUUUAUAAAACCAAAUGAAAACUAUGUUAUGAAUGAUUACGAAGAUGAUGCUUCCACUGGAACGCAAUCCGUAGAAACAUCAACUCCAACAACUAGUGCAUACGAUGAUUAUGAGAUAGAAGAUUAUUCAACAACGUCGAAAACUAAAGGAUCAACAUAUAAGGCUCCCGCUUCUAAUGCAACGAUUCAAUCUGACAUUCAGUCGAAUAGACAAAGUGAGUAUUUAUCAAAUAGUAAUUAA